AUGGAAGAGCCCGAAGUAGAUGUAGAAGAAAAUGAUCCCAGUGAUGAUCUGGGACAGUCCAUCCCGCCCAAGUUCACGGCGGGUCGUCCCUGGCGCGCCGCCACCGCCGGCAAGCUGCGGGAUCCCGCGGCGAGGUCGUGGGACGUGGACCUUCACCGCGACGGCGACCAUCGGCUGUCCUUCACGGGCCGCGGGUGGCUCGGCUUCGUCUCGGCCAACGGCAUCUCCGCCGGGCAGCUGCUGGUCUUCGAGCACCGCGGCGGCUUGGACUUCGCCGUCGACCUAUUCGACGCCUCCGGCUGCCUCAGCGACGAUGGAUUCCGUGAUGAAGCAGCUGAACAGAAGCGCACGACGACAGAGACCACGGCCGAGUGCCGACGGCGGCCAGAGGCCACCGGGGUCAAGAGGAGGAAGCGGUCGCCAAGCAGCACGGCCGAUACCGGCGACGAUGACACGCUCUGGCGCCGCAUCGAGAGGCCUUACCAGCUGCGCUACUUGGACCUGAGCAAGAGUUUCUGCGAGCGCCUUGGCUGGACGUCGUCGCGCGACGUCGAGUUGCUGGUAGCCGGCGGUGACGACGAGCAGCGGCGCUGGCCGGUGAGCGUCAAGGUGUCGGCCAAGCAGAGCGGCAUGAUGUGCGCCGGCUGGACGGAGUUUGCGCAGGGCAACGGGGUCGGCCUCUCCGACGCCUGCGCCUUCGUGUCACUCCAAGGCUCCCAUGGUGGAGACUGGAGUGCUUCGUGUCCGCGUCAUCAGGGGCAGGGGCACCACCACCAGCUGACCUCACCUGAUGGGCCAUCAUUUUCACCGGUUUAUGAUCCGUUUGCACCUAUUUGA